AUGAUCCAUCCGAUACAGUUCACAUUGACCAACCAUGAUGGUACUCUGCUUUUCUGCGUAAUCAAGAACACUAUUUUUGCCUACAAGACCAACGGCGAGGAUGGACAUCUAGAUCUUGCGGGGGAGUGGGUAGACGACUACGACAGCGCAGAGCUGAUUAAAGCGAAAGUGGAGAAGGAGCAGCAGCGGAGACUAGCAGAGAAUGCAGCCAAGAAACUCAAGACAAACGAAGGCGAAGCGAUCGAACGUCCGGGGAACCAGCGCCGGGUUCCACUGCCAGGCAAGGAUCCCAAGGUGCCCGUGCCGGGCCCUGGCGCGCCGCCCGUGUACCAAUACAUCCGUUGUCUGCAGCUGUCGCACGAUGAAAAGAUGUUGGUGGCGUGCACGGAUUCUGACAAGGCGGCGGUAUUUUUUAGGAUAGAGCUGCACAAAGACAACUGCUUGACAUUGUUCAAGCGUCAGCCCUUCCCCAAGAGACCCAACGCAGUCACAUUUGCAGAUGACGAUGCAAAAUUGCUUCUCGCAGAUAAAUUCGGUGACGUAUAUGCUGUUGAUAGUGUGGGAGAACCGGAGAAGAAAGACCCGGAACCGAUAUUGGGCCACGUUUCGAUGCUGACAGAUAUCGCUCUUGUGACUGACACAAAAAAGAGCUAUGUUAUUACCGCGGACCGUGAUGAACACAUCAAGAUAUCGCACUACCCGCAAAGUUUUGUGAUCGAUAAGUGGCUCUUCGGGCACAAGGAGUUUGUCUCAUCCCUUUGCGUGCCUGAGUGGCAGUCUAGCAUGCUGUUUAGCGCCGGCGGUGACAGCUUUAUUGCCACGUGGGACUGGCAAAAGGGCCUGUUAAUGUCUUCCUUUGACUACAGCACUAUCGUGGAGCCACACCUAACCGACGCACACUUGCCGCCAGCCCGUUUCCUGGCCAACGAUGGCUCCGACCGCCGUGAAGCUUCUAUCUCCAAGCUACUGACCUUCAAGGACCUCCCAUACCUUGUUGCUGUCCCUGAGAUGACUAAAAUCGUGCUACUGUUACAGUGGGAUGCUACCAGCGGUGAGCUGAUACUCUCACAAACCUUGGCGCUGCCUCUGAAUGUGGUCUCGGCCACAGUCACGUCGGCGAACCACAAACUCAUAUUAUCACUUGAUAAUCGUGAACAGCCAGGAAAGAACUUUGUUAAGAUUUUUACUCUUGAGAAUGGCAAGUUUGAAGAGGAGCAGGCUGCGUCUUCCUCUGUUGAUGAAGCGAUUGUUCGGAACCUAUCAGAAAGACCCGAGGUACAGACAACUGUCGAUGACAUCUACCCAUUAUACCAUGUUUCCCAGCUUAGAAAGCGUGGGGAACACUACUCUUAA